UAAGUGAUAAGGGGUCACAUGGGUGUGUGUUCUUAAACAGUGGCAGCAACAGCCAGACUGGCUGACACACACACACAUACACAAACACACAGAAUUGCACAGGAAAAGUAUCUGAGACUGGAGGGACUGUGAUGCUUCUGGACGCUCAGUGGGGUUCUGCCCAUGCCUCUAACGCCACCGCCGGAGCCUGACCUGGAACCAAAAAUGAAUUGGGCGUCCUUCUACGCCGUGAUCAGCGGCGUAAAUCGGCACUCCACUGGGAUCGGCCGUGUCUGGCUCUCCGUUCUCUUUAUCUUCCGGAUCUUGGUGCUGGUGGUGGCGGCUGAGAGCGUCUGGGGCGAUGAGAGGUCUCAUUUUACCUGCAACACACAGCAGCCGGGGUGCAACAGUGUCUGCUACGACCAGUUCUUCCCCAUCUCACACAUCCGCCUGUGGGCACUACAGCUUAUCCUGGUCUCCAGCCCCGCCCUGCUGGUCACCAUGCACAUCGCGCACCGCCGACACCUGGACAAGAAGCUGUACCGCCGCACAGGCCGCGGUAGCCCUAAGGAGCUAGAGCAGAUCAAAAUGCAGAAGAUGAAGAUCACCGGCGCCCUCUGGUGGACAUAUCUGAUCAGCCUGCUGUUCCGCGUUCUCUUCGAGUCUGCCUUCCUCUACCUGUUCUACAUGAUCUACCCCGGCUACAAGAUGUUCCGACUGGUGAAGUGCGACUCGUAUCCGUGUCCCAAUACAGUUGACUGCUUUGUCUCCCGGCCCACCGAGAAAACCAUCUUCACCGUAUUCAUGCUGGCUGUGUCCGCCAUCUGCAUCAUCCUUAACAUUGCUGAGGUCAUCUUUCUCGUCGCAAAGGCAACCAGUCAGCACCUAAACAAUGCUAAAGACUCACCCGUGGGUGCAUGGAUCACUCAGAAAUUGUUCUCCUAUUAGAUGAACUAUGUUUUAGACACCCUUACAAACAUUUCUCUUUUUUGAGGUGCAUCAUCUUACUCCCUUCACAUUCUUCCAUCAGUCUUUACCCUGAUCUUCACUUGUAAAGUCACCCUGACCCUGAGGAACAAAACUCUGACAACACUGAGUUACAACUAGUUUUUACACUGAACUCCAAUUCUUUAUGGGUUAAUCAGGCAGUAGAGGGUGCUGUAAUGUGUUUGUAGAGAUAAAGAUUGGUGACCAUACAGCGUUUGUUAGCCACGUUUGCCUACCAUCUCUCGUUGUAAUACAAAAAAGCAUGUCUCAGAUGUGAAAUGUAUUAGCUGCCUGUUGCAUCUGUGGUCAGAGAUCAAUUGUGCUACUUACAUUUUUUUCUGAAUUGUUAGUGUGUAGAUGUGGCAACGCAAAUGAACUGUAAUAAGCUGUGAACAUUAUAAAUAUUAUAUCCACAUUUUUCUCUGUCACUGAAAGAUCUGUUGAACCCAUGUCAAUAUCACAAUGUCAUAAUCGGCUCCUGCUAAAUCUUUGCUAUAAAUGAACUCUUUUGUUCAGUUUUCAGGAUUUAAAUAGUGCUUAAAAUAAUAAAAUUCAAGUAAAGUCACUACUAGAUCAGCAAAUAAGAGUGAGCAGAAGUUUUAAUUCAAAUUCAAUUAAGUCAAAUUUUUUAAUUUAAAUAAUUAUCAGCUCAAAAGUCUUUAGAAGUUUUGCUUCUUUCUUUGUCAGUAAAAAAUCUCUAUGGCACCCUCUGGUGGUAAACAGCCAUGGUUUGUGAACUCAGUGUAAGUCUUUAAAGUCUCAGAAGGGGGACAGAAUUAAUACAGCAGCAGUAAAAGUGUGUAAACUCCUUAAGUAAGGGGUCUUUAGGUUUUCAUAAUAAAAAAAACACACAAACAUUUACAGUUUUACAACUAACAGUGUGUGUUUUAUGGGGGUUGGGGUCAAAAAGCCGGAUUACCUAAGAUUGUCCAAUAGAAUUGUCACAAACUCCCCUUGUUGGACCAGAUUAAAUUUGCACUUCAGCUUUGUAAAUCCAGGCAUGGUGCUAGCAAAAUUAAUAACUCCAACAUAUCAAUUAAAAAUGGAAGUUACUCAGAAAUAAUAAGGAUUCAUGUUAAUUGUUAAUUUUUAAUAUAUUUAUUACUGGAUCACUCUUACCGUUCUAAACAUUUACUAUGUAAUUUAGCACUGUUGAAAUAAAAGGUAUCUGUUUAAUGCA